AACGAGGCAGGAAGCCACAUGUGCAGCUAACACAGAGGAAGCAGUACGAGACUUCAGGCAGAAGGGACGCUUAUAGCUGUGUGUGUGCAUGUUAGAAAAGCCCUACAAACACAACCUUUGACUGAACUAUUUAGCUCAAUUGAGUCCAAGGACAGUUUUUUACAAUGUCUUCGUUCAGGAAAGCGUUGAAAUCCCGGCAGAAGAACCACCAUGAAAGAUCUCAGCCUGGUUUCAGGAAAAAUCUGGGCUUGCUGGAGAAGAAGAAGGACUACAAACUCCGUGCAGAUGAUUACCACAAGAAAGAAAACACCCUCUCUGCCCUACGAAAGAAAGCUCAGGACAAGAACCCAGAUGAGUUUUACUUUAAGAUGAUCAACUCUCAGCUGCAGGAUGGAGUGCACGUAGCAAAAAAAGAGAAGGUGGAGGUGACAGAGGAGCAGAUUAAAGUGAUGAGGACGCAGGAUAUCAAAUAUGUGGAGAUGAAAAGGGUUGCAGAGGCCAAGAAAAUUGAGAGGCUAAAGGGAGAGCUCCAUCUUCUGGAGGCAGACAGCAAACAGAAAAACAAGCACACAUUUUUUGUCCAAAACAAGAAAGACGUGGAGUUAUUUGACCUGGCAGACCACCUGAACACGGCUCCUGAGCUGGUGGACAGAGUGUACAACAGACCGACUCUGCAGACUCUGGAGACAACGGUCAUCCGGGCAGCUGAAGAGCCUCACAGUGUGAUGAAACUGGCCAAGCAGAGGAAACACCAGUACAAGAUUCUUUCUCAGAGGAUCGACAGAGAAAAGAAAAUGUUUGUAAUCAGCCAGAAGAUUCAGACCCGCAAGGACCUACAGGACAAGAUAAAGAAAGUAAAGGUAAAAAAGGAAACACCAAAGGCUGCAGCUAUCUACAAGUUUGAAGUCAAGAGGAAACGCUGAGCGCGGAGCAAUCUUCAUCCUAUGAAGAAAUCAACAACAUUGCAAAGAGACAUUGGUGAAAUCAUGGACUGUUUCAACACGAAGUUGACUACAUACAUGGGAUACAUUUAUUUCCCUUACCUGUUGAUGCAGCUUUGUGGUUUUGUAAAUAUUUAUCUAAGAUUUUUGUUUCUUUCGAAUAAAUAUCUGAAAAAUA